AUGGCCGACUCGCCAACGGUCGAUGCCGUCCUUCACAACGCGGUCAUCGUCACCAUGGAUGGCGCGCUCCGCGUCCUCCGGGAGGGCGCUCUCGCCGUCUCCGGCGACCGCAUCGCCGCUGUGGGCUCCUCCGCCGACGUCCUCGCCUCCUUCCCCUGCGCCGUGCAGACCGUCGACCUUGGUGGCCGCAUCGUCCUUCCAGGGCUUGUAAACACGCACGUGCACACAUCGCAGCAGCUGGCGCGAGGGAUCGCCGACGACGUUGACCUGAUGACGUGGCUGCACGGGAGGAUCUGGCCCUAUGAGUCACACAUGACGGAGGAAGACUCCUAUGCCUCCACCCUCCUCUGCGGCAUUGAGCUCAUCCGGUCUGGGGUGACAUGCUUUGCAGAAGCAGGUGGGCAGUUUGUUUCAGAAAUGGCACGUGCUGUGGAGUUGUUAGGCUUGAGAGCGUGUUUGACAAAGUCAACAAUGGAUUGUGGUGAUGGUUUGCCUCCAAAUUGGAGUUGUUGCUCCACUGAUGAUUGCAUUCAGUCACAGAAGGAACUAUAUGAAAAGCAUCAUAAUACAGCUGAUGGGCGUAUCAGGAUAUGGUUUGGGUUGAGACAGAUAAUGAACGCAACAGAUCAUUUACUGCUUGAAACAAGAGAUGUUGCCCAGAAGCUAAAUACUGGAAUCCAUAUGCAUAUUGCAGAAAUACCAUAUGAAAAUCAACUUAUAGUUCGGACCAAAGGAAUUGAUCAUGGCACAGUGACAUAUUUAGAGAAAAUUGAUUUCCUGAGGAGUAAUUUACUGGCUGCCCAUUCUGUUUGGUUGAAUGAACCUGAGAUAGGCCAUUUUUCAAAGGCUGGUGUUAAGGUUUCUCACUGUCCUGCAUCUGCCAUGCGGAUGUUGGGAUUUGCUCCUAUUAGAGAAAUGCUGGAUUCUGGUGUUUGUGUCUCCCUUGGUACAGAUGGAGCACCAAGCAAUAAUAGAAUGAGCAUUGUGGAUGAGAUGUACUUAGCAUCCCUAAUUAACAAAGGUCGUGAGGCAUACAUCAGUGGAACAACAAACCCAACUGCUCUUCCUGCUGAGACUGUGCUGAAGAUGGCUACUAUUAAUGGUGCAAAAGCAGUUCUGUGGGACAAUGAAAUAGGUUCGCUAGAGGUUGGGAAAAAGGUGAUGCUCCCAAUUGCUAUUUUGUUCAUGUAUGGCUCUAAAUAA